AUGGCUGUUUGUGUUUCUGGGUCGCACACAAUUUUCACGAGCCGUUCCAAUUUGAAGACUUUUGCGGUUCUGAGCAGAGAGAAGAAGAUGGGUGUACAAUACGAUCUGAAGCAAGGGCAGAGUCGUAAUUUUCACGAGUUCCCAUCUGGUCUAAGCAUGGAGGUGAUAGUGCAAAAGGGUGCAGAAAACAGCAAGAAUGUCGAAUACCCUCCUUUGGUUUUUGUUCAUGGAAGCUAUCAUGCUGCCUGGUGUUGGGCUGACCACUGGUUGCCCUUCUUUUCAUCUUUUGGCUACGAUUGCUGUGCCGUAAGCUUGUUAGGACAGGGUGAAAGUGAUGCACCUGCUGAUUCUGUUGCCGGUACACUUCAGACACACGCAAGAGAUGUAGCAGAUUUUAUCUGUCGAAAUAUUAGAUCACCGCCUGUAUUGGUCGGACAUUCAUUUGGAGGACUUAUUAUUCAAUAUUAUAUUUCCAAUGUAGGAAGUGGCAAACUCAAAGAAGAUUUAUUCCCAAAGCUUAAAGGAGCUGCCCUUGUUUGCUCUGUACCUCCUUCUGGUAAUAGUGGGAUAGUGUGGCGUUAUGUCUUAUCCAAGCCAAUUACUGCCUUCAAGGUGACUCGCAGCCUGGCCGCAAAAGCUUUUCAGACCUCUCUUCCCCUUUGUAAGGAGACAUUUUUCUCAGCCACUAUGGAGGAUCAUGUUGUUAAAAGAUAUCAAGACCUGAUGAAAGAAAGUUCAAGGAUGCCGUUGUUUGAUUUAAGAAAGCUGAAUGCAUCUCUUCCAGUUCCUUCUGUGGCAAACUGCCCUUUUGAAAUUCUUGUUUUAGGUGCAAAGGAUGACUUCAUUGUGGAUGAAGAAGGACUGAAAGAAACAGCAAAGUUUUAUGGUGUGUCACCAGUAUGUGUUGAAGCAGUUGCUCAUGACAUGAUGUUGGAUGUUGCGUGGGAGAGUGGCGCGGAGGUUAUUCUUUCAUGGUUAAACGGUUUAGAUAAAUAA